AUGGCAUCAAUCGCGCAUUUAGACGCUCUUUCUCCGUAUCUUUUACGUCGUUUUAGAAAUAAUACUUCUGCUUUAGAUAAUGUCAAAAAGAGUUGCUGCGUCUAUGUUGGAAAUUUAUCAUUUUACACUUCAGAAGAACAAAUCUACACGCUCUUCUCAAAAUGCGGUGAAGUUCGAAGAAUCAUAAUGGGUGUGGAUCGGUUUGCAAAGACCCCCUGUGGCUUUUGCUUUGUUGAAUAUUAUAAAAAUGAGGAUGCUCUUGAUUGCUUGAAAUAUAUAUCUGGUACAACCUUGGAUGAGCGCAUCAUUCGAGCUGACUUGGAUCCUGGUUACGAGGAAGGACGACAAUAUGGACGUGGUGCUUCCGGUGGACAAGUGCGUGAUGAAAUGCGAGAGGAAUUUGAUUCUGGUCGUGGUGGAUAUGGAAAAUUACACCAGACCCCUGACAGUCGGACACUAGCAAAUUAUUCCUCCAUUUCUUCUGCUCCGGUGGGAUCUUCUUUGGAACUACAAAGCAAUCCCAGAUAUCACAGGUAA